AUGGAAAAAAUGUAAGAUUAUUUUAUACUAUUCGUGUACCUGCCACGCAAAAUAUUAUGCAAAAUUAUUUUUAUAUGCAUUUAUUCAAUUAUUUAGCAUUGAAUUUCGCAAAUUAGCGAUGGUAUGUUUAGCUGGAUUUCUUUUAUAUCCACUGAUGACAUUCCCGUGGCCAUUCUUCGCUGGUCACCUAGACACAUACAACGCAGCAGAUAUACUGAUGUAUAAUUCUGGUAAUACUACAAAGGAACCUGUUGGAUGUCCUAAACAACGUUUUACAUGGUGUCAUACAACGCCUGCCAUUAACGAAACCAUGUUUGCAUUCGCAUUUAUUAUAUCUCUAGGAUGUUUUAUCCACGCUUUAACUGUUACACUGAGCACAUUGUUUUCAAAAGUUCUUGGACCACGCAGGCAACCGCGACAACAAAGUUACUUACAAGCCAGCGGAAGUUUAGGAAGAAUGUUGGGUCCAAUUGUUAUGAGGUAAGAUUUUAAGAAUAAUAAAAAGUAUUUCUUAUCUCACACAUAAAAUUAUUAUAUUUUCUGCAACUUUUUACUUACAUAAACCUCUUUCUUUUAGCAAUUUGUACACCAUAUAUGGGCCACAACUUGCAUGGACAUUUGAAAUUAUAGUAUUAAGUGUCGCGCUUUCUUUAUGGUUUGUAUAUUAUAAAAGAAUGGUACCGCUCGAAAUACCUGAUGAACUCGGUGAAAAGAAAUAUGAAAAAAGCAAUCGCAUAACCAAUGACUUCGCAUGA